CAGCUAGAGGGCGCUGAUCGACAUUCCGCCUUCUUCCUUGUAUGAUGGAACGAGAGCGGGGGGGCGCGCGCUAGAGGUCAGAGUUCAAUGUUUGACAGAAAGCUGAAUAUGGAUUCCAUAUUUCAUGAGAAACAAGAGGGCUCUCUUUGCGCCCAACACUGCCUCAACAACCUGCUGCAGGGUGAGUAUUUCACUCCUGUGGAUCUGUCCUCCAUUGCUCAUCAGCUCGAUGAAGAGGAACGGAUGAGGAUGGCUGAAGGCGGGAUGGCCAGUGAGGAGUAUAGGACCUUCCUGCAGCAACCGUCCGGCAACAUGGAUGACAGCGGGUUCUUUUCAAUACAAGUAAUUAGCAAUGCACUGAGAGUGUGGGGUUUAGAGUUAAUCCUCUUCAACAGCCGGGAGUACCAGAGCCUGAUGAUUAAUCCAAUAAAUGAGAACGCCUUCAUUUGCAACUACAAGGAGCACUGGUUUACUAUACGGAAACUUGGACAACAGUGGUUUAACCUGAAUUCACUGCUGACUGGACCAGAGUUGAUAUCGGACACCUAUCUAGCACUUUUCCUUGCACAGUUACAACAAGAAGGUUAUUCCAUAUUUGUGAUCCGAGGAAACCUCCCAGAGUGUGAAGCAGAGCAAAUUCUUGGGAUCAUGAGGGUGCAGCAACAGCAGCGACCAAGGCUUAUUGGAGAGGAGGAAGCCCAGACAAGUGCAGGUAGGUCAGCAGCGGUGAGCCAGGCAGAGAUGGUCUUUGGUGUCGAGGAUGAGGUUGUUGAUGAAGAUGAUGAGCUGAAAAAAGCUCUGGCACUCAGCAGACAGGAUAUAGAUGUGGAAGAUGAAGAAGCUGAUCUUCGCAGGGCCAUUCAACUGAGCAUGCAAGGCGCAGUGAUGAGCAACAAAUCCUCAGAGUCUGAAAUGGGAAAUGUGAAAUCAGGGAGUCAGGCAGCAGGCAGUGCUGCAGGAGGUCAAAGAGCCGGCCAAAACGAGGCUCUCACAGCCGAGGAACUGCGGAGGAGGAGACAGGCCUAUUUUGAUCGGCAGCAACAGGCUCAGACAAGCAUUCCUCAACAACCACAAACCAAAUCAUCAGGUGGCUCAGGAUCAGUAAACACUGGCGCGGAAGAGGACCAAGAGCAAAAGCCCAGCCAGUGAGGAUGUGCAAGGUUUGCCUUUGUUGUUCACCACCUGCCAAGAGUGGCACCCAAUACCGGGGGUAGCUUUGCUGCUUCCUCUAACCCUUUUGCACAUGCGAACAUAAAGGACCGUCAGAAGGCUGACACGUUUCCCCUGAUUAGUUCGCUGACAGGCUGUAGAGAAGAAGUCUAACUCAGUGAGACGCUGGGAAAAGGGUGAACACGGAACUCAUGAUGCAGUUAAUCCAAGUUUGCAAUUGCCUUUGUACCAUGUCGCCUUCUAUUUUUAUUGUAGACUGUUUUUUAUUCUUGUUUUUUUUUUUUCUCUGCAAGAGAGUCUUCAGCAGACAAAAGAGUGGGUUUACUUGUUUGGGAUGAAUCCUUAUGGAGGUUUGUUUUUGAAAGGCCAAUGGAAGGACCACAGACAAAGGUUAGAUGGAUAUUGACGGAGCCUCCUUACCCUUCGAUUGGGCUUGUGUUUGUUGGAGAUAAGAUGUGAUUUCUACACACUGCUAAUCAUCAGUGCAGUGUUAAAUCAUUUCUUGCGGUUAAAUCUCUUCGCCAGGACCACUAAGAUGUGUGUUAUUAUUUCCUGACUUUAUCGAUCAGUUUACCUGUGGAUGUCUAAGAGGGAACUUCUAAGAUAUGUAGGCAACUGCAUAUUUUUGAUCCUGUGUCUUUGUAAUCACCUUUAGUGUAUAAGUAGGCAUAAUGAAAUUUAAGAUCACACAGUUCACAAACACUUCUCUCACAAUAUUAAGAGUAUUUUGUCCAUUUUUGAUGGAUGCUGAAAAGCAUAAUUCUAUGAAACUAUUUGCUGAAUCUUAAUUGCUUCAGGGUGAUCCAUAACUUGUCCAGAAUAAGUGUGGAAUCUGGAACAAAGGAGCAAUCUGUAAAAAGAGCAUGAAACUGCAGCUGAAAUCGUUCUUUUUUUUUAGCACAGUAUAAUCACUUAAAAACCCCAAAAGUCAAACACGAGCAUGAUAACGACGUCUUUAUCUGUUAUUUUCUCUUAUCAGCAUUCGUCUCGGACUGUAUGGAGAAGUUAGCAAUAAGAAUAGAUUGUUAAAAUGAUCACUCCCUUAUUUAUGUAUCUCCACAAACGGUCAAUAGUUUUACUCCGAAAACCUUUUUAAUUGCAGUGACUCGACUGAUCCCAUAUUACAAAAACACUUGUUGGACACAUUAGUUCUGCCAAUACAUUUAUUUUUCUGACGUUGCUGUUGCUUAAAGCUACAAAACCAUUGGCUGAUUAUUGACCUUCCAAAAUGACAAAGAAAUAGUGUGAAUGGCUGCUGUUAUUUAACCUUAUUUGAAUCAUUUAAAACCCAAAGAUGGAACAAAACAUAACUUUGAGGAGUUUUUUCUUUUAAUUUGAGGUUGUUUUUUUAGAAACCAAUAUCAACUCAACAAAAAUGUUUGAUGAAUAGACCACAAUACAGCAUUAAAACCGUUGAGUUUGUUUACAGUUAAUGUUUUCUAGAACUAAUGACUGUUCAGCAUGGAUAUAUCUUGAUGCCUCCACUAAAGUAUUGGAUAUUGCACAAAGUUUUGCUUGUAACGCUGAAUAACUUCCAAGAAAAUGUUAUGAUUUAUUUUUUCUUUGGACCUGCUGGGCUUUGUUUAUUUCAAAUGCACUCGCAACAGAGUGUAAAAUGGCAGUUGUUGGAUUUCUACUGUCUCAUUAGAUUCUCUCACUGCAAUCGCUACUCAUCAUUUUUCUCAAAUUCCGUGUUACAAUAGCACGUUCUUUCAUUUAAUGUAUUAGUACUUGAUCCAGGAUUAAAGUGACAUUCACUCCUGAA